GAGCCUCUUCCAAUGGGUGGGCCAGACUUUGGUGCCUUGGGAGAGGAAGCUGAGCUGGUUGAAGUUGAACCUGAGGCCAAGCAGGAAAUUCUUGAAAACAAAGAUGUGGUGGUUCAGCAUGUGCACUUUGAUGGACUCGGAAGGACCAAAGAUGAUAUUAUCAUGUAUGAAAUCUCUGAUGUUUUCAAGGCUAAAAAUCUCAUUGAUGUGAUGAGAAAAUCGCAUGAAGCUCGUGAAAAGUUGCUUCGUCUAGGAAUCUUCAGACAAGUAGAGGUUCUGAUUGAUACCUGUCAAGGAGAUGACGCCCUUCCAAAUGGUUUAGAUGUAACCUUUGAGGUAACGGAAUUGAGAAGAUUAACUGGAAGCUACAAUACUAUGGUUGGCAACAAUGAAGGCAGUAUGGUUCUUGGGCUCAAGUUCCCAAAUCUCUUUGGACGUGCAGAAAAGGUAACCUUCCAGUUCUCCUACGGAACAAAGGAAACUUCAUAUGGCCUGUCAUUCUUCAAACCACAGCCUGGAAACUUUGAAAGAAAUUUUUCAGUUAAUGUAUAUAAAGUAACUGGACAGUUCCCUUGGAGCUCUCUUCGUGAAACUGAUAGAGGAAUAUCAACAGAAUUUAAUUUUCCAAUCUGGAAGACCAGUCACACACUGAAGUGGGAGGGUGUGUGGAGAGAGCUUGGCUGCCUUGCUAGAACAGCAUCCUUUUCUGUUCGAGAAGAAAGUGGACACUCUCUUAAAUCUUCUCUCUCUCAUGCCAUGGUAAUUGAUUCACGGAACUCCUCAAUCUUGCCAAGACGAGGUGCUUUGCUGAAAAUUAAUCAGGAGUUGGCUGGCUAUACAGGUGGAGACGUGAGCUUUCUAAAAGAGGAUUUUGAAUUUCAGUUGAAUAAGCAACUUCUCUGGGAUUCGGUUUUUUCAGCAUCACUUUGGGGUGGAAUGCUGGUACCUAUUGGAGACAAGCCAUCCAGUAUAGCUGAUAGGUUUUACCUUGGUGGACCAACAAGCGUGCGCGGAUUCAGUAUGUACAGCAUUGGACCCCAGAGUGAAGGUGAUUACUUAGGAGGAGAAGCCUACUGGGCUGGAGGCUUACAUCUAUACACCCCUCUCCCUUUCCGGCCAGGCCGGGGAGGGUUCGGAGACCUUUUCCGAACACAUUUCUUCCUUAAUGCUGGAAACCUCUGCAACCUUGACUAUGGUGAUGGUCCCAGAGCUCACCUGCAGAAGCUGGCAGAGUAUAUCCGAUGGUCUUAUGGUGCCGGAAUAGUACUCCGACUUGGAAACAUUGCUAGAUUAGAACUUAACUACUGUUUCCCCAUGGGAGUACAGUCUGGUGACAGGAUAUGUGAUGGUGUUCAAUUUGGAGCAGGAAUCAGAUUUCUAUAAUACAGAAACAUUUUACGUCAGUCUAUGAAAUUGUGCUCUGUAAUUGAAAUCAAGACUAUAAUAUAGCUUGAUACGGUCUAACUUUUUUCUUGAAAUACAGAUACACUUCUGAGUGAUUUACCUCUCAGACUCCACAAGAAACUACAUUAAAGAAUUA